AUGGAAAUAUCCCUCGUCUUCGAUUUAUUUGAUGAUAUGAGGGCCGCCUUACAGCUCAGCGUACCUACCAUUGCACGCGCUCUUCUCCGGUCUCCGUCAUUGCUUUUUCACCCCGCGGCACUGUCGCGGAUAGGAAUGGCGGCAGUUUGGGUUGCCUUCGGCGAAGGUGGUGAUGAAAACUCGCGGAAAAUGAAGAUAGAGCUUAUUACACCGCACGCGGAGGGCGUCGUCCUCGACCUCGGGGCAGGACAUGGACAUGUUGCACAGUAUCUGGACCGCGAAAAAGUCUCGAAAUACAUCGCACUCGAGCCCAACACCCUGAUGCAUGCUCGACUUCGUGACAGAGCCCGGUUGGCGGGGUUUGACGAGGAAACAGGGACACUGGCGAUCCUCUCCUGCGGAGCUGAAGACACGAAGACGAUUUUGUCAUCGCUUGAAGAGCCGGUAACGACGAUCGUGUCGGUGUUGACGCUUUGCAGUGUGCCAGACCCGCAAGAAACGAUUCGCAAGCUCGUGGCGAAUGUGUUGGCGCCGGGUGGAACGCUGAUCAUGCACGAGCACGUGCGCAGUUAUCGUCGGGACGUGGCGUUCUGGCAGGGCUGGCUGGGGGUGCUGUGGAGGAUGGUCUUUGACGGGUGUAAUAUCGACAGGCUGACAGAUGUCUGGGUGCGGGAGUUGGUUGACGAGAAUGGCGAGAGCGUGUGGACAGAGGGGUCGGAGGUGUGGAAUCCAGCGAUGGAGGCGGGAGAAAGCAUGCUCCCGAGGAGGAAUGGUCGAUUUGUGAAGAAGGGAUGA